AUGGCGCGGGUGUACGCCGACGUCAAUCAGCAGAUGCCACGCGCAUACUGGGACUACGACAGCGUGAAUAUCAGCUGGGGGGUGUUGGAGAAUUACGAGGUGGUGCGCAAGAUAGGCAGAGGCAAAUACUCCGAAGUCUUCGAAGGCAUCAACGUCGUCAACUACCAAAAAUGCGUCAUCAAAGUCCUCAAGCCAGUCAAAAAGAAGAAGAUAAAGCGCGAGAUCAAGAUCCUCCAGAACCUCUCCGGCGGGCCCAACAUCGUAGCCCUCCUCGACGUCGUCCGGGACAGCCAGUCCAAAACUCCCAGCCUGAUCUUCGAGCACGUUAAUAACACCGACUUCCGAACCCUCUAUCCCAAAUUCCACGACAUGGACGUCCGCUACUACGUCUACGAGCUGCUCAAAGCCCUCGACUACUGCCACAGCAAAGGAAUAAUGCAUCGGGAUGUGAAACCGCACAAUGUCAUGAUUGACCACGAGAACCGCAAACUUCGCCUGAUAGACUGGGGUCUCGCGGAAUUCUACCACGCCGGGACAGAAUACAAUGUUCGUGUAGCCUCGCGCUACUUCAAAGGUCCCGAACUGCUAGUCGACUUCCAAGAAUACGACUACAGUCUCGACAUGUGGUCCUUGGGAGCCAUGUUCGCAAGCAUGAUUUUCCGAAAAGAGCCAUUCUUUCACGGGAACAGCAAUAGCGAUCAACUGGUCAAGAUUGCCAAGGUCUUGGGGACGGAGGAUCUGUUCGAUUAUCUGGACAAAUAUGAUAUCGAGCUUGAUGCGCAGUACGAUGAUAUUUUGGGGAGGUUCCCGAAGAAGAGCUGGCAUGCUUUUGUGACGUCGGAGAAUCAGCGGUUUAUUAGUAAUGAUGCGCUUGAUUUCCUGGACAAGCUGCUGCGUUAUGAUCAUCAGGAACGUCUGACUGCAAAGGAAGCAAUGGCACACCAAUACUUCGCCCCCGUCCGCCAAGCCGAAGCCGCCGAUCAACAGGCCCGCCAGAUUCAGGCCGCACUCGAACGUUGGCAAGAAAGGAACGCUGGACCCGUCAACCCACCACCAGCAUGGGCGCAGAACCUCGCACGCGAAGCCUAUGCUACGCUGGACCUCUAUACCGCUGUCCUCAGCGAACCAGAUAUCGACCGAGCUCUCACACUCUCACAUUUCCUUCCUCUCGCUAUGGCGGAACGAUUCGAGGCGGAAGCGGAAGUCGUCGGCUCGGAAGCGUGGCAAUGGCAGCAGGACAUGCAGAAUGCGAGGGAUUGUUGUUCGAAUGACUCCGCGUCUGGUUCGGAUGUGAGCGAGAACGCUCUGCCGCAUACAGCACGGGAGCCGGUUUCGCAGCGGCCUGGGGUGGUCUCAAAGGGCGAGAUCUCACCUCAUUUGAAGCCGGCAGAUCAGCUGGGGAUGGAGGACGAUGAGAUGGGAAUUGGUAGCGUUUAA